AUGGAAGCUGUCAAGAACGCCAUCUUCAGCAAUACUUUCGACCCAGACACGGAGAUGCCAGACCUCAGCGGCAAGGUCUACAUCGUCACGGGCGGCUCAGCAGGCAUCGGCUUCGGCAUCGUCGCGCAUCUCCUCCAACACAACGCCCAGAGGAUCUACCUCCUCUCGCAAAGCGAACAACACGCCACUGAAGCACAAGAUGCGCUCAAGCACUGGGGAAACGCCAGCCGGGUCGAGUGGAGGCAGUGCAAUCUCGAGUCCUUUAAGCAGACAGACGAGGUCGCACGGAAGCUCUCGAAGGAACUGGACAGGCUCGAUGCCUUGAUCUGCAAUGCCGGUUUGGGUGUUGGUGUAUACAACGAGAGCGAGGACGGACUGGACACACACAUGCAGGUCAACCACUUUGCUCAGGCCCAUCUGAUGCUCACACUACUGCCUAUCUUGCAGAAGACGCCCGACUCGCGCCUUGUUGUUCAGUCCUCGGAUAUGCACAGACCUGCGAGUGCUAACAUCAAAUUCGCGUCUAUCGAUGAAAUGAACCAGGACAUCGGCGCUAUGCAGCUGUACAACCGCACAAAGCUGGCCCAGAUUGUCUUCCUUCGUGAGCUGCUGCUGCGCAUCAAGGCCGGUCAAUUUGGCCAGGUGACAGGCAACACCGGUCUUCCCUGGAUUAAUGCUACACAUCCAGGCGGUGUUGUGACGGACCAGCAAGACCAGGCUAUCGAGGCUUAUGGCAUACUCGGCAAAGUCGGUGUCGCUGCAGUACGUCCCUUGAUGAAGGAUCCAGUCAAGCAGGGUUGCCGGCCUAUUUUGUUCGCCGCGACGCAUCCUGAUAUUGUCAAGGAGCAGGUGCAGGGUUCCUAUAUUGUACCAGACCGUAAGGUUGCGGAGCCUUCAGACCAGUCGAAGAGCCCAGUACUGGGCCUGAACCUGUGGAAGUUGACAAGACAAAUCCUCGAGCAGAAGAUUGGCAACUUGCCAUACACAAUGCAGGACGAUGGGGUUUACCCGAGGCAUCUGAAAGAGCAAGGUCUUGUCAACUAG